GGAUACAGGGACGGCAGAUAUGAGAGAUCGGACCGAGAAGGAUAUAGGAACGACAGAUAUGAGAGGUCGGAUCGAGAUGGAUACAGGGGUGGCAGGUAUGAGAGAGGAGAUCGAGACGGAGACCGACGAGAUGACUCGCGUGGACGGUAUGACCGCGGGGGAUUCGCGAGGGCGCAACGUGACGAUUCGCGGGGGUGGUACGACCGAGGAGAUCGACGCGAUGAGUCGCGCAGGCGAUACGACCAUGGAAACCACCGGAAUGACUCACGGGGACGAUAUGAGCAAGGAAGAAUCCGGAGGAGACCGCCGCAAUGAUUCGCGCGGCCAGAAUGAGAGAGGGGGAUAUGGGACGAGCGUAGACGACAGGCCACCCACUCCCAAGAACUCUUGCGUCUACUGUAGAGGAGAUUAUCAUAUCAAGAGAGACUGCCCGGAUCUCAAACGGGCAAUAGAUGAGGGACUUGUCGUGCUCGAUGACCGCAAGUACGUCAAGUUGACAGAUUAUCUGAGAGACGUAUCGAUGUUCCCUUCGAUGAAGGAGAAUGUUGAAGCGAGGAGAGUAAAACCGAGUAAAGGGAAGGAGCCGGUUAGGAGGCAGAGCAUCAAGAUAACUUUCGAAGGAGAUAUGGCAACCACUCCCAUAAGGGUGGCAGCUACCAAGUCGGCGAGAGGGUCUACAUCGAAGAAGACUUACACGGAUUACAUGAUGGCAGAGAAGGACGGACAACGAAUCGAUGGAGAGGAGGUUAUUCUUUCACCGCGAAAGCGGGGAGUGAUGAAGUUCUUGAUGAAGAGUUCACUGGAUGAGAUUGACACGGUCGAGCCACUGAGACGGGGCCUUCGGCAGCCCAUGCAGUGCUCAAUUCUGGAAUAUCUAGCGGCAUCCAAGUCGGCUCGCGACGAGUUACAGAUGAUCACGCGGAGGACUCACAUACCUCUAUCAGAGGAGGUUCAGGUAGCCCCUAAGGCGGAUGCUCCUACUACUGUAGCAGUAUCGGAGGUGACAGCUAGAGCAGAUCGCAUGGUGACAGUUCUUCUUGAUGGGAUGGAAGGUGUGCCUCCAGACAAGUUUUACAUACUUGGUAGUGGGACCGCGGAGGCGAUCCUAAACGACGGAGCGGUACUAGAUGCUGUGAUCGAUAACGGCAGUGAGACUGUCAUUAUAGACGAGGACCUGGCAGAGCAAGUUGGAUUGGUUCUCGAUAGGUCAUACUUGAUUAAGAUAGAGACUGCUGACGGGAGAAAGCAACAGAUCACAGGAGUUUGUCACAAGGCAGCCAUAGAAGUCCAAGGGGUACGAGUGACUCUGUCAGUCUUUGCAGUCAAGAACUGCAACUCUGACUUGCUCUUGGGACGGACGUGGUUGAGCCAUGUGCAUGCGGUAACGAUAGAGCGACCAGACGGUAGUCAGACAUUGUUCAUCAAGGAGCUAGAUGGGGCGCGGAUUAUGAUUGAGACAGUGGAGCCUCGAGACCCGAGGAACAGAGCAGCCCUCGCUGUGGGUGCAGGACCCAGUGAUCAGAUUAAAACAUUACCUAACUCCGAUCGCGCGGUGCGAUUUCGCGAGAAAAAGUAUGGACCUCUACUCACAGAAGAAGAAGGCAGGAUUGUGGAAGUGGAGGAUUUGGGGAGUUGGCUGAUAAUGGAUGGCAACUUGUAUCCAAAGGAGGCAGAUGAGGAAUUUGGGAGCGUGGUAUCCGAGCGGGAACGUGUGAUAGAAAUCCUAAAGACAUGCGAUAAGGCUAUAGCUUUCAGCAACGCGGAGCGCGGUAGGGUUGACCCUCGUUACGCUAAGCGAGCAAGGAUUUAUACGAUUCCACAUGUUCCAUGGAAUGACGCAGGAUGGAAAUACGCACAGAAGGAGAAGGAAGAGGUUAUCGCUUUCCUGAAAGAAAAUAUGGUUUCUCAUGUUGCAGAGCCAUCUGACAACGCUUAUGCUAAUCGAUGGUUCUUCCUACGAAAGCCGAAUGGCAAGAUCAGGUGGAUCCAGGACCUUCAGAAGGUUAACGCGGUGACGAUUCGAGACGUAGGCUCCGUGCCUCACGCCGACUUGUUGGCUGAAGGCUCUGCGCGCAGGUCGAUUUAUUCAGUCUGUGAUCUGUUCUCAGGCUAUGAUGAGGUACCGCUUGAUCCCAGGGACAGGCACAUCACGGCUAUGCACACGCCAUUGGGACUGAUACAGAUGAUGGUUGUCCCUAUUGGUUGGACUAAUGGGGUAGCCGUUUUCCAGAGACCAAUGGUAGCCGUCCUCAAGGACUUUAUUCCUGACAAGGUUGAAGUUUUUUUUGAUGACUUCUCUAUAAAAGGACCCGUAGGGAAAGAUGAGACAGAAGUUGUACCAGGAGUUAGGAGAUUCGUCGAGCAGCACCUAACCGAUAUUUACGAGGUACUUGAGCAGUUAAACGAUGCAAAUUUGACGGUCAGUGGAACAAAGAGUCGGUGGGCCGUCUCGACUAUUAAGAUCUUAGGCUUUAUCUGCGACUCGAGAGGACGCCGAGCGGAUCCUGCAAAGCUAGACAAACUCCUAAAUUGGUCGUCGCCAUUGCAUAGCGCUACCGAGGUCCGUCAAUUUCUGGGAGUGGUCGGUUACUGGCGGAUUUUCAUACGCAGGUAUGCGGAGAAGGCUGAGUCAUUGAGGGUGCUCCUUCGGAAGACUGAGAAAUUCUACUUGGAUUCUUCCCAGAAACUUGCAAUGCAAGAGCUUAAAGAUGAAUUUAAGGAGGGAGGGCGCGUACUGGGCGUGCCUUUCUUUGAUGAUGAGGUCGGGAGACCAUUCAUAGUAUCCACGGAUGCUGGACCUUGUUCAGUUGGUGGGCUGCUAUCUCAAAAGGACACUGAAGGGAAGGAAAGAUCGUUAAGAUUUGAGAGUAGGACACUUAAUACCGUUGAGCGUAACUACAGUCAAUUCAAGAAGGAAGUGUUAGCUGUUCUUCGGUGUCUAGACACGUUCAGACACUACAUCUAUGGGCGACGGUUCAUCUUGAGAGUAGAUCCUACAGCGGUUGCCUCUGUCCUUCAGAAGGACUUUAGCCUGACGGACCCGGCCAUCGCACGAUGGUUAAUACGGAUUCGACUCUAUGAUUACACGGUUGAGAGAAUAUCGGGUACUAAAAAUGUCGUGGCGAAUGGGCUUUCUAGGAUCCCUCUUGAGGCCAAGCGGCCAAUAGUAGCUGGAGCCCUGGCAAUGGCGGAGCCGAGACGCGCCAAUCAAUUUCUGGUUAACCUUUACGAGGGCAAAUACCGAACGAUCGGGCUACAUUUGUCGGGAGAGGAGAGUCAAGAUUCAGAUAUCCGGAGGCAAGCGACCCAGUACUGCCUUAGAGCAGGCUAUCUAUUCCGUAGACUAGUCGGGUCGGGGAUGUCGUUAUGAGUAGUCUGUGAUCCUGAGGAGACACAGACGAUAGUUGUGGAACUUCACGACGGGGUAGUCGGAGGACAUAGAGGAGUCAAAGGGACCUACGAAAAGG